UUGCCCGCCGCAGCGUUGCCCGACCGCGCCCUCGCCGUGAUUCCCAUUCGCCGCGAUCGCGGCCCAUCGGCGUCGAUUCUACUCUACCUCACGACCCACUGCUCGGAAUGCCACCUCUCUACUUUACGUUCGUGUUGGCCCAACGCGCUCCGGCGCUCGCCGUUGUUAGGAGAAGCCGACGUGCUCCUCUACGCCGGCUCCAACCAGCUCGCCGCCGACGUUGCGUCGUGGGCGCACGCCCUCGCGGCGCUCCCUGUGCGUAAUGCGACGCUCGCCUGGACGCGAUGGAAUCCCGGACUCCAAGAAGGAGCUCUCUCCGCGAUGAUGAUCGCCGCCCGGCGCGGCUGGUUCGAUCGCUAUGCUUGGAUCGUGCGCACGAACCCUGACGUGCGCUUCGAAGACACAAAGUUUCUCGCAGCACGGAUGAUAGAGCCAAAGGUCGCAGUGCUCGAGCGCUGCUGCCCGCGCAACACGUCGCAUCCCGCAAUCUGCACGGACUUCUUCGCCGCCCGGCCGACGGCGAUGAAUCACUCCUUAUGGGCGCACGGGCCGCGGCUCCUCGGCCGCCGCGUGCACAACGAGUGGGCGGCGGCAUUGGUGUUCCGGCAGGCCGUCGACGACGGAACGGCGACGGUCUGGGAGAUCGAGGACGCCUAUCGGACGAGCGGCUGCCGCGUCGGCGGGCACGGCAUCUACCACGACCACGCGUUUUGCGCCCGGCUCCCC